AUGCAAGUGCACCUGCCAAAAUGAAAACAACAUGGCUGGGAGCAGUACUGAUACUUGGUUUUACUUUGCCUCAAAUCUGCUCUCUCUCGCAUCCCUGUUUGUCAACUGUGGAGCUCUGCAUGUCUGAUUUGUGCAUGGCUAAGACAACAGCAACCUUCUGUGAGGAAAAUGUGGACGAGUGCCAAAUGAAAGAGUGGGCUGUGUGUAACCUGAGCCUGCCCAGUGUCCUGGAGCUGUACCCCACCCUCAAAGCAUGCGUGUGUGAGCAGGAGGCUGCACUGUGUGCCUCUAUACCAGCACUGCUCACACAAUGCCAUCAAAAGACAGCAGCUCAAAGACACAGAAGCUCCGACAAUGACUGGCAAUCAAGCACCUUACUGGACUUGGUUGAUGACACAUCAGGAUCCUGUCUGGAGCGCAUACGGCGUUGUCUCAGUGAUGCAGUGUGCAACGGGAGGAUGGCUCCAGUUCUGCAAGACUGUAUGGAGCCUAACUGUGACCCGGACAGGUGCCAAACAGCUACCACAGCUUUCUUCCGGGCGAUGCCUCCCAGCGUGGGUAGGAUGUUGGUCAUGUGCCAGUGCCAGGACUCAGACGAGGCGUGUGGAAGGAUGAGUUCUGCCUUGCACAGUGGCUCCUGUGGCACAGAGAGAACUAACUGCCUGCACAUAGUUACACAAUGCAUCAGGGACCGAGGCUGCAGGAGGCGGCUGAGUGUUUUUCAGUGGAGAUGCUGGAUCUCUGGGGACCCUCAGUGUCUGGCGACCCCUUACACACAGGAGUGCUUGAGUCAGAUGAAUCCCGCUGUCAUCCUGGGAGCAGAGCCUGAAUGUCAAACAGCCUUUUUAGACACUGUGGGCACUGCUCUUCAUUACCCCUGCUCUUGUGAGGGAUUGUUGGGCCCUGACCUGCAAACGUGUGGCAGGAUUCAUGAGGUCUUCCACAACAGGUCACUCUUCAUAAAACAGUGGAAGGACAACAAUGCUCCUACCAAACCUCCAUCCCGAUCAGAAGAUGUGCUUUUUGACUUGAGUGAUUUGCUCCUGCCUGGGUUUGCUUGUGUGCUUCUUACGGGCGUCACAAUUUUGGCGAUUUCACUUAUACUAUGGUUGGCAAGGAGACGGAAAGAAAAUAAGCUGCACUCUUUUCAGAAGACCCACACUGUUAGUCUCUGA